AUGACAAUGGUGUUGGAAUAUAUUAUACUUGGGGUGAAAGCAUCGCGUGCCGUGAAAAUUUCAGUUGGUUUAAUGAUUUUAGGUUCUGUAAUUGCAGCUGUGUUUGAUUUAACUUUUGAUAUUUGGGGCUAUUCGAUGGUUUUAAUCAACGACAUUUGUACAGCCGCCAAUAGUGUCUAUGUGAAACAAAAGCUUAAUGCUAAGAAGCUUGGUAAAUAUGGUCUUUUAUAUUAUAAUGCAUUGUUCAUGAUUUUCCCCGUGAUUAUUUUGGCUUGGAUAAAUGAAGAAUUUGAAAAGGUGCAUCAAUACAUCAUUGCUGGAAAUAUAACGAUAUGGGUGGUUGCUUGUUUAUCAUUUUCGUUUGUUUGCGGCUUCUUUCUCAAUUGUUCAAUCGUUUUAUGUACACAUUACAAUAGUGCUCUUACCACUUCAUGUGUUGGUCCAGUUAAAAACUUACUUGUUACUUAUGUUGGGAUGUUCUCAUCGGACGAUUAUUUAUUUGGAUGGAACAACUUUAUCGGUAUCAAUAUCAGCAUUAUAGGAAGUCUCCUUUAUACUUACGCCACAUUCAGAACAGAGAAAAAAGGUGCAGAAGAAAAGAGUGCUGGAACAUUACCUAAAACUGAUGAUAGACAAUCUUUACUAUAA